AGUGGUACAGGGUACCUUCCGCCACGCAUCGUGCCGUGGCUUGCCGUGUAUCUACGUAGAUGUAGAUAUGUCAGCAUAGAAAAAACUUUAUUUGCAUUCUAACCAUGAAUGAAAUUCAAAGUUAACGAAAUCUAUAUGGUACCAGUCACGCGUCAGUUUUCGUGUUACACUGGGGGGGAAAAAAUAAUAAUCUUCCCUUAUAGGUGGUAAGGUUUCAGUUGGCCCAACCAGAGGGUGAAGAAAGAACACACACGUUAUUUUCUUCAUAAACUGAAGAACAAGAGGAUUUGUAUUUUGCUUUAUGUCUUUAAAACAAUCGCUCAAAUGUUUUAUCCUACAAUUGGGAGGAAUAUGGAAUGAUAUCUUUUUAAAUAACCGAAAUAUGUAAUCAAUGCGUUUUCGUGUUGUUGUGUUGGCAACGAUAUACGGAUGUGAUGUAGUAAUAAACGCAGACCGCUAGUGUUCUUUCCGGUGGAGGUGGUGAGUGUGAGUGGUGUAGUGCCCAGUGGACUUACAGAAAGUCUUCUCUCAUCUUUCAAAAUGAGGAUUUACAAGGAUAUUUUCACAGGUGAUGAAAUGUUUUCGGACACCUAUAAAGUAAAACUCGUGGACGAGGUGCUGUACGAAGUGUAUGGGAAGCACGUUACAAGGAAACAGGGAGAUGUCCAGAUUGAAGGCUUCAACCCAUCUGCUGAAGAAGCUGGAGAGGGAACAGACGAAGCUGUUGAAUCUGGUGUAGACAUAGUGCUCAACCAUAGGCUGGCAGAAACAUACGCAUUUUCUGAUAAGAAGAGUUACACAUCCUAUUUGAAGGACUACAUGAAAAAGUUAGUGCAAAAACUUGAAGAAAAAGACCCAGAACAAGUUAAUGUGUUCAAGAAUAACACAAACAAAGUAAUGAAAGAUAUCCUUGGAAGGUUCAAAGACCUGCAGUUCUUCACAGGUGAAUCAAUGGAUAUUGAUGGUAUGGUAGCAUUAUUGGAAUACAGGGAUAUAGAUGGAGAAAGUGUCCCAGUUAUGAUGUUUUUUAAACACGGUUUGGAUGAAGAAAAGUUUUAAAUAUUCAUCAAAAAGGUGAAGACUGGUGAACGUGAUCCUCAUACUUUAUGGAUCCUGAUAUUCAGAUUUGUUAAAACCCUAAUUUUUUUAAAAUGUGAUGUUCCCUUCAUUUGUGUUCCAAAACUUACUGUACAUACUCAAGGGCCUACCCUGUGCUUUUUGUAUUUAAUGUAUGUUGGAAGAUGAGAGAAGUAUUUCCAUGUUAUUUGUAAUAUUGUUUUGAAACAGUGCUUAAUACACAGAUGCAUUUCAGAGAAAAGUUGUCAGUAUAAAAUUUAAACUCUUAUUACAUGAAAAAUAACUUAAUUUUCA